GUUACCCAGUCUCUGCACAUAUAGUUCUCAUAAAAAGUUUUUCAAGUAACUGGUGAUUAAGUCAAGAGCUCAUUUAUACAUUUAGCCACCUUGGCUAGAUGUUGGCAGCAUCAGUUAAUUAGGACAUGGCAAGGAUAUGACAAAUAUUAUCAAGAGGUCAUCUGCCUACUAAAAUAAACUCAAAUUAUUGUAAGAUCACAUAAUGAAAUUGUAGCUUGCUUUCUUGACAUGAAUCCCACUCCAGCUUGGUAUUCAUUUACUCUUUGCCUGGCUUUGUACUUUCAAUGUUUAUAACCUUUCUUCUCCUUCCUCAGAUUACUUGCAAUUUUUCCAGGACACUAAAAGACGCUGAAAAUUGUAAGGAUUUUUUCUGUUCUGUUCUGGAGGGGUCUGGGGUAUUUUUUGUUUGUUUGUUUGUCUUGGGUGUUUUUUUAAUGUUUUUAAAUGUGUCUGACUGUAGCUGAAGAAUCCAGACUCCAGAAUCUUUUCUCCAGGAUGCUAUACCCCUUUGACAAAAGCUUUCACAGGUAACUCAUCCCAAGAUACAGAAUCACAGACAAAUGAAUUACUUAAAGCGUGGAACAAUUCCUCAAGGACUGCCCAUGUGCACUUUCUUACCCUGUGAUAAGCAGGGGUGGUUUUCCUGCCUCUCAGUGGGGAUGGGGCCAGCUAACCUGUGCUGGCUGUGGGAAAGGCUUGGUGUGCAUGUGCAAGCCCUCAUCGGAGAGCAGCCGACUGACUGGAAAUGCACACCCUAGUUUACAUCGUGGUAACUAUUCCUGCACAUGUCCCCCUAGGUAUUUUGGGGACCACGCUUUUCCCUGGUUCCCGCUCCUUGUUCCCAUGAGGGGCUCGUGUGGCUGACUUUCUUUCUUGCCAGCUGCGGAGAUCUGCUGCUGGGCUGAGCCUUCCCUCCUCCCACCCACUCUCCUCUUCACCAGCACCUCAUCUGUGUUGACAUCUUCAGUCUUUUCUGUUUCUCCUGUGUCCCAGGCAGCUGACUUCCCUUGGUUCCCUUCCCACUCAGACCACUGGCUGCCUUCCUUGCCUCCCCUGCAGCUCAGCGCUGUUGUGUUUGCUCUCCCCUGCUCCCUGCCCAGGAGAGGUGGUGGUCUCUGAGGGAGCACAGCCUGGACCCUGUUAAGUGUCACCCCAUCUUAGUGCCUUACAUCUGAGCUGCUGUGGACUCGGAAAAAUCCGUACAUUCAUUCAUCUUCCUCCUUUGUUCAACAGCCAUUUUCUGACAGAAAAGCAACUGCUUUCUCCGUGCUGUGAACACACUGAACUAGCAAUAACUGUUUUGUAGUUUUUCUGCCCUUGCUGUUAAUGGAGAAGUGUUAAGUGUCUGUGUGUUCUUACUUGGCUACUGGCCACCCUUUCAAUUCCUAGUGCAAUUUUUCUUUUGACAUUCAGAGCUGCUCAUUGUAAAAACAGACCAGGUAUGUUUCAAGCUUUGGCAUAGCCUUAAAUCUUACUGUGACUUUUAGGUUAUUCCAGCCUUUGCUGAUGGGCUUAUUGUUUCUUUCCAUUGUCGCUGAUUCUUUCUAGUCUGACUCUGCCAGUUCCCAGUCAGCCCUGUGCAACUCUCCAGCCCUGACAAGGAUCUGUUAGGUCUUCUCUGCAAAGGACUGAGAGAGAAGAAGGAACAGGGUGCCAAGAAAGACAUGCAGGGUGGAAGGGACAGGGGGCAGAGAUGUCUUCCAAACCUGGUAUUGAGGAAAAGGACCACAGGACUACCUCAGGAAAGAAGAUACAACUUGGGAGAAGAUACAAACUUGGGAGGGAUCUUUCUUGCAAGUGAAAUAUUAGAAGCUAGUGAAAUCAUUCCAGUGCACCCACGCCAAGUGGGUGGAAGAGAGAGAUUUAAUAGCAGGAUGAGACAAAAGGAUACGCAGCAGGCCUGAAAGGUCCUUCCUCUCCUGAGUAGUCCCCAUCAAGCCAAUGGGUAAAUGUCUGCAGAAGAGGACCACACUGAAGUUCUGUUGGUCUUCUGGACGUGGUAAUCUGGACAUUCUGGUUACAGAAUAGAAGCAUGGAAGCACAGGAUACACAGGAUGUUCUGCACAAACAUACUGGGAAAAGCCAAUGUUUCCAAAAUGUGUGGGACUUCUAUUAUGUGUGAAGAGCAGCUAUGAAACACUUGUUCAGGCUUCUCUGAUAUGGCUCAGAAAACUGAGAUCUACCUGCCAGACCCAAUGUGAACCUAAGUGCUCUGAGCCUGUCACCUUGUGCAGCCAUGAGAACCUGGAACUCCACGUCCUAGGGUCGCUCCAGUGCUCCACAUUUUGUUAUAUAUGAUAAAUCAAAUGACAGGACCCUAUAGUGGGAUUCCUUUGGCUGAAUUCUGUGGGAUACGGAUCAGGCCCUUAAAGAGGAAAGAAGACGUCCAUCCAUUUUCUGGAAGGUGGGCAUCUGUCUGGAGGAGAGAGGAGCUGCUGGCUGUACAUUUCCCCUUGAAGUCUUCAGGGUGCUCACACAGGGUCACAAGUGAGGUGCACACAGAGCAGAGCUCAGAGAAGCUGCUCCUGACUGUGCAUGAGGACCUGCUUCUGACAGCAAGAGCUUCAUGGAAGGGCUGGUCACUAACGAGCAUGAUCCUGGUGGAAGAAAAGGAAAGGGAAAUUGUGAGCACUGAGCAGCCCGACAGGCUGGCAGGCCUUUCACACUACCUACUCAGUGCCCAUAUCAGCCAAGAGAAUUAUUAUUAUUGUUAUCAUUAUUUUGUAGAGCUCAUCUUUAUGCUUCUUCUGUCUGGGUCAACAAAGAACAAGCUGUAUCACUGUCACCCCUAGAAAGCACUACAGUGCUCUUUCAAAAUAUAUGAAAUUGCAGUAAUAAGCAUAAAGAAUAGUACUCAGCAUCUGACACAAUGACUGAUGUAAGCUGUCAGCCAAUAUUUGACUUUCCAGGUGAGAUUAGAUUUAGCAUUUAAUUUAAAAUAAACAAAAAGCGUGCAGUACAAGGCACUUACGGGCUUGUGCAAGUUAGAGGCUACUUAAACUUUAAGAUAUCUCUGCUCCUUUUGAGAGUAUCAUCAUAUUAUCCAGUGGAGUUUUAAAAUCCUGAUUAUUACUGUGAAUUUCCUUAGAGAAGGACACAGGAAAGGUAAGUUUCUGCUGGUAAUUCUUUAUUUCCUGUUGAAAAAGCAUAGUAAAUCUUGUUCUGGAUCAAAGAAAAAGCAGAGAGAUUUUAUUUUUAAAAAGUUUCAAGACGAUUCGCAUUUGGAUUUUCUUAGAGCUUGCUUACUUUCAUUAGAUCACCUUUAUCCCCUAUGUUUGAGUGUGUGUGAGUGUAUAAAUAUAUGUGUAGCUCUGUCCUUCUGUAUGUACGUGCCUGUUCUGUGCAUGCUGAUACUGCAAGGCUAGUCCAACAACCAGAGGAAGGUAGGUUGCUGAACUGCGGUUCGAGAGACACCGCCAUUUCUUACUGGUGAUGAAAAUCCACCACCGCUUACCAUGGGCUGCAGCAAAGCUCAUCAUUGCUUGAAGAUUGCACUGAAAUCGAGAGGCUUUUUGUGGAGGCUUCGCCACACGUUGCAGGGCUUGAUGGGCCUGCAGCACUGAAGGAGAGGCGUGAUACAGGAGCAUCAGGCUGAAAGGCUGCACCAGGCCCUUUGCUUUUUGCAGGCUGUGAGUCAGUCAGACCCUCCUCUUUGUGCAGGAAAGGCAGAAAAGGAUGGUGGCUUUUCUCAGAGCUUCUUGAGGGCUACUCCCUCAGCAGGGAAGGCAGCGUGCCUCAACUCCUGGAACGUAGGUCACAGAGGGGCCGCACUCACUGGAUUUCACCAAAGAUUAUUUGGCUUCCCGCAGACCGAAAGUGACCUGAGUGAGGAGAAGUGUAAGGUCUCCUUGGAUCUCUGAACAUAUUGAACCACUCAGAGAUGGGGACUCUCAGCUGAUCUAAAAUCGGUACUACGUUUUCACUAGCGAGUGGCAGGUGUUACUAUUUAAUUGUCACAAUGCAGACAAAAGAAACCAAUGUAACUGUUUUAGUAUAGAUAUUUGAUUAAAAUAAGUAUUGUGUUGUCUUCAGUAGCCGUAACUUGCAAGGAUGACUGAAAUGCGAAACUUCACUUGGGCGGUGGAAGAUAUUUUCAAGGAAACCUUCCUCACUUACAUGAAUGGCUGGAGGAAAAACAUGACAGAAGCGGCGAAUAGAUUGCAAGCCAAGGUUGAUGCUGAAAACUUUGACUAUGUUAUCCUUUAUUUGAUGGUGAUGAUUGGGAUGUUCUCCUUCAUUAUUGUGGCGAUCUUGGUGAGUACUGUGAAAUCAAAGAGGCGAGAGCACUCCCAUGACCCCUAUCAUCAGUACAUCGUUGAGGACUGGGGUGAGAAGUAUAAAAGCCAGGUUCUGAAUCGAGAAGACCUCAAGUGUGUGAUCCACGAAAACUUGGGUGCAAGGGACAAAGGAAGCCCUGGAUCACCUUAAGUUUUUGGAAAUACCAGCAAUGAGGAAAUCAUAAAGGCACGUGCAGGGAACUCACUGGAAUUACAAAUGGCUGUCAAACUGUUCAUUAAAUUAACAGACAGGUCAAUGUGUAAUGGAGUGCUGAGGAAAUCAACAUUACUGUUUCCCAUGAGGACUUUGGCAUAGCUGGUCAGGGAACAUCCAGGAAAAAUGUGUUAUGCUUUGAUGUUCUGUUCUUCAGGAAAAUAAACCCAAGAGAAUUAAUAACUUCAUUUCUUUUUAGAAUUUUUUAAAUCCAGAAGCAGAUCUGGAUGUUCCCACCUUAGAAUAACUGUG